GCGUUCGAAGCACGGAACAGAAUCCGAUAGCUUGUAUUCUUGCGCUAGUACGCUAGACGAUUGAACAUUUAAAUUCGGUAACAGUCCUAAUACCGUAUGGUAUUAUAUCUUCUCUAUUGAAAAAGAUAUCUCGCCUGCGUAUAGAUUAUUUUUUUUUUUCUAUCAAAUAUAUAUACAAUUCCUUGUUUAAAUCGUAAUAAAGUGAGUGUAAGUAAAAACUUCCGCUUUUGGGGAACUAUUUCUGGUUAGGGGGCGGCCUUUAGCGGCCAUGAUGGGUGUCAGCGGCGAGUAGUGACGGCAUUCGCUUUGCGUCAGUUGGUUUUCUGCGCUCUGAUGGUUAAUCUAAGGUUUUUCGAGAAUAAAAAGCGCACGAUAAAAGCCGGGAACGAUUGUAAAUAGACAAAAAAAAACGUUUGAUCGGCCGUCGGAUAAUCCCAACGUGAUAUUCGCGGCGAUAUUAAUAAAAAAUAAGGGGAAAAAAAAAAGGAAAAAAAAAAAAAAAAAAGAGAAAAAAAAGAAAGAAAUAAUAAAGAAAAAAGAAAAAGGAAAGAAGGAAGGAAAGAAAGAAAGAAAGACAGAAAGAAAAAUUAUAACUUUCCAGGUAAAAUUUGUUGAGAAGUAAUUGUAAAAAAUGACGCAGCUACUACCCAUAAGGUUUCAGGAACAUCUUCAGCUUACCGCUGUUGGAAUUAAUGCGAGCAAUGCCAGCUUCAACACGCUCACCAUGGAAUCGGAUAAAUUUAUUUGUGUUAGAGAAAAAGUGGGUGAUACUUCCCAAGUAGUCAUUAUCGAUAUGAAUGAUUCUACGAAUCCUACUAGAAGACCUAUUUCGGCUGAUUCUGUUAUCAUGAAUCCUGCAAGUAAAGUCAUUGCACUCAAAGCUGUGAAAACAUUUCAAAUAUUUAAUAUUGAAAUGAAAUCAAAGAUGAAAGCCCAUACUAUGACAGAAGAUGUAGUUUUUUGGAAGUGGAUAUCUAUAAAUACAUUAGCAUUAAUAACCGAGAGUGCAGUUUAUCAUUGGUCGAUGGAAGGAGAUUCAACACCCACUAAGAUGUUUGAUCGUCAUUCAUCUUUAAACGGAUGUCAAAUAAUUAAUUAUAGAACAGAUCCAAAACAGACAUGGUUAUUAUUAAUUGGUAUUUCUGCCCAACAUAACAGAGUAGUAGGUGCAAUGCAACUUUACUCUGUAGAUAGAAAAUGUUCUCAACCUAUCGAAGGACAUGCGGCUGCUUUUGCUCAAUUUAAAAUGGAAGGAAAUCCAGAACCUAGUAACUUAUUUUGUUUUGCCGUUAGAACAGUUCAAGGUGCAAAACUACAUAUUAUAGAAGUAGGGCAACCUCCCUCUGGAAAUCAGCCAUUUCCCAAAAAGGCCGUAGAUGUAUUUUUUCCACCAGAAGCGGGAAAUGAUUUUCCUGUUGCCAUGCAAGUUAGCUCUAAAUAUGAUGUCAUAUAUUUAAUCACAAAAUAUGGCUAUAUACAUAUGUAUGAUAUUGAAUCAGCAAUCUGUAUAUUUAUGAAUCGAAUUUCGGGAGAAACAAUUUUUGUUACUGCGCCUCAUGAAGCUUCUGGUGGUAUAAUCGGUGUAAAUCGGAAGGGUCAAGUUUUAUCUGUAUCCGUGGACGAAGAGAAUAUCAUUCCAUAUAUCAAUGGAGUCUUACAAAAUCCUGAAUUGGCAUUGAGGAUGGCAGUAAGGAAUAAUUUGUCUGGAGCCGAAGAUUUAUUUGUAAGGAAAUUUAAUAUGCUAUUUCAAAAUGGGCAAUACGCGGAAGCUGCUAAAGUUGCCGCUAAUGCUCCAAAGGGAAUUUUAAGAACUCCAGCCACAAUUCAACGAUUUCAGCAGGUUCCUGCUACACAGGGUCAAACUUCACCACUGCUUCAAUAUUUUGGAAUUCUGCUUGAUCAAGGACAAUUGAACAAAUAUGAAUCAUUAGAAUUAUGCAGACCUGUAUUGGUACAAGGUCGUAAACAACUUCUUGAAAAAUGGUUAAAGGAAGAUAAACUUGAAUGCAGCGAAGAAUUGGGAGAUUUAGUGAAACAAGCUGAUCCCACUCUUGCUUUAAGUGUUUACUUAAGGGCUAAUGUACCCAACAAAGUUAUACAGUGUUUCGCUGAGACUGGUCAAUUUCAAAAGAUCGUUCUAUACGCUAAAAAGGUUUCUUAUACUCCAGAUUAUAUAUUUCUUUUAAGAAAUCUUAUGAGAAUUAAUCCUGACCAAGGCGUAGCAUUUGCACAAAUGUUGGUUCAAGAUGCAGAGCCCUUAGCUGAUAUUAAUCAAAUUGUAGAUAUAUUUAUGGAGCAAAAUAUGGUUCAGCAAUGUACAGCAUUUUUAUUAGAUGCACUUAAAAAUAAUCGACCAAGCGAAGGAGCUUUACAAACACGCCUCCUGGAAAUGAAUCUAAUGUCUGCUCCACAAGUAGCCGAUGCAAUUUUAGGCAAUCAAAUGUUUACUCACUAUGAUAGAGCGCAUGUUGCACAAUUAUGUGAAAAAGCUGGUCUAUUACAACGUGCUUUGGAACAUUACACGGAUUUAUAUGACAUCAAGAGAGCGGUUGUUCAUACACAUUUAUUAUCACCCGAUUGGCUUGUAGGAUUCUUUGGUACAUUGUCCGUAGAAGAUUCUCUUGAAUGCUUAAAAGCUAUGUUGACGGCGAACAUAAGACAAAAUUUGCAAAUUUGCAUUCAAAUUGCAACGAAAUAUCAUGAACAAUUGACGACUAAAGCACUAAUAGACUUGUUCGAGAGUUUCAAAUCUUACGAAGGCUUGUUUUACUUCUUGGGAUCAAUUGUGAAUUUCAGUCAAGAUCAAGAAGUACAUUUCAAAUACAUACAGGCAGCAUGCAAGACAAAUCAAAUUAAAGAAGUUGAACGUAUAUGUAGGGAAAGUAAUUGUUAUAGUCCUGAACGUGUUAAAAACUUUUUGAAAGAAGCUAAGUUACCAGAUCAGUUACCUUUAAUCAUCGUGUGCGAUCGAUUUGACUUUGUGCAUGACCUAGUCUUAUAUCUUUAUCGGAACAAUUUACAAAAAUACAUAGAAAUAUAUGUUCAAAAAGUAAAUCCAUCACGUUUACCUGUUGUAGUAGGUGGUUUGUUAGACGUUGAUUGUUCAGAAGAUAUUAUUAAAAAUUUAAUUCUUGUCGUACGAGGACAAUUUUCUACCGAUGAACUCGUAGAAGAAGUUGAAAAACGAAAUCGACUGAAAUUAUUAUUACCGUGGUUAGAAUCUCGUGUUCAUGAAGGAUGUGUAGAACCUGCUACUCAUAAUGCAUUGGCAAAGAUCUAUAUUGAUAGUAACAAUAAUCCUGAGAGAUUCCUCAAAGAAAAUCAGUUCUACGACAGCAGAGUAGUUGGGAAAUAUUGUGAAAAACGUGAUCCACAUUUAGCUUGUAUCGCUUAUGAACGCGGUCAAUGUGAUAGAGAAUUAAUAAGUGUUUGUAAUGAAAAUAGUCUUUUCAAAAGUGAAGCAAGAUAUUUAGUAAGACGUAGAGAUCCUGAUCUUUGGGCUGAAGUUUUAUUAGAGGGUAAUCCAUACAAGAGACCAUUGAUCGAUCAGAUCGUUCAAACAGCAUUAUCAGAGACUCAAGAUCCCGAAGAUAUAUCAGUAACUGUAAAAGCAUUCAUGACGGCUGAUUUGCCAAAUGAGUUAAUAGAACUUCUCGAAAAAAUAGUACUCGAUAGCAGUGUAUUUAGUGAUCAUCGUAAUUUACAGAAUCUCUUGAUUUUGACAGCAAUAAAGGCUGAUCGCACACGCGUUAUGGAAUAUAUCAAUCGUUUAGAUAAUUAUGAUGCGCCUGACAUUGCCAAUAUCGCUAUUAAUAAUGAACUUUACGAAGAAGCAUUUGCGAUCUUCAAGAAAUUUGAUGUUAAUACAUCGGCUAUACAAGUUCUUAUUGAACAAGUAAACAAUCUCGAUAGGGCAUAUGAAUUUGCCGAGAGAUGUAACGAACCAGCUGUAUGGUCGCAAUUAGCUAGAGCACAAUUACAACAGGGUUUAGUCAAAGAGGCUAUUGAUAGUUUCAUUAAAGCUGACGAUCCAUCGGCAUACGUCGAUGUAGUAGAAACUGCUCAUCGUACUUCCCAUUGGGAAGAUUUGGUUCGCUAUUUACAAAUGGCACGUAAAAAAGCACGCGAAUCAUUCAUAGAAAGUGAAUUGAUUUAUGCAUACGCUCGUACCAACAGACUUGCCGAUUUGGAAGAAUUUAUUUCUGGGCCUAAUCAUGCCGAUAUACAAAAGAUUGGUGAUCGAUGCUUCGAAGAUAAAAUGUAUGAAGCGGCAAAACUUUUGUAUAACAAUGUAUCAAAUUUUGCUCGAUUAGCUAUAACAUUAGUUCAUUUGAAAGAAUUUCAAGGAGCCGUGGAUAGUGCUCGUAAGGCUAACUCCACGCGUACUUGGAAAGAAGUUUGUUUUGCUUGUGUAGACAGUGGAGAAUUUAGAUUAGCACAGAUGUGCGGUUUACAUAUUGUUGUACAUGCCGAUGAGCUGGAAGAUUUGAUCAAUUAUUAUCAAGACAGGGGACAUUUUGAAGAAUUGAUUAAUCUUUUGGAAGCUGCCUUAGGAUUAGAAAGAGCACACAUGGGAAUGUUUACGGAAUUAGCUAUAUUGUAUAGUAAAUACAAACCUCAAAGAAUGAGAGAACAUCUUGAACUAUUUUGGUCGCGUGUUAAUAUACCAAAGGUUCUUCGUGCAGCCGAACAAGCACAUUUAUGGGCAGAGCUUGUAUUUUUAUAUGAUAAAUAUGAAGAAUAUGAUAAUGCGGUGUUAGCAAUGAUGCAGCAUCCUACUGAAGCUUGGCGCGAGGGACACUUCAAAGAUGUAAUUACUAAAGUGGCAAAUGUUGAACUAUAUUAUAAAGCUAUACAAUUUUAUGUUGAGUAUAAACCACUGCUGCUAAAUGAUAUACUGCUUGUACUCGCACCACGAAUGGAUCACACAAGAGCAGUUGCAUAUUUCACAAGGACUGGACAUUUGCAAUUAGUGAAACCUUAUUUGAGAUCGGUUCAAGCACUUAAUAAUAAAGCAAUUAACGAGGCUUUAAAUGGCUUGCUCAUAGACGAAGAAGAUUAUCAGGGCCUGAGAACGUCGAUAGACGCGUUUGAUAAUUUUGAUAAUAUUGCGUUAGCACAACAAUUGGAAAAGCAUGAAUUAAUUGAGUUCAGAAGAAUUGCUGCAUAUUUAUACAAAGGAAAUAAUCGAUGGAAACAAUCUGUAGAGCUUUGUAAAAAAGAUAGAUUAUUCAGGGAUGCUAUGGAGUACGCUGCAGAAUCUCGAGAUGCAGAAGUUGCUGAGGCAUUAUUAGAAUGGUUUUUGGAAAGAGGUUCAAAAGACUGUUUCGCAGCAUGUUUAUUCCAUUGUUACGAUUUGCUUCAUCCAGAUGUUAUCUUAGAAUUAGCGUGGAGACAUCGUAUAUUAUCUUUUGCUAUGCCAUAUCUUAUUCAAGUAGCACGUGAAUAUAUUACUAAGGUAAAGGUCGAUAAGUUAGAAGAGGCAGAAAGUCGUCGAAUUGAAGAAACUGAUCAUCAGGAACAUAAACCUAUGAUCAUGCCGGAGCCUCAAUUGAUGCUAACUGCAGGACCUGGUAUGAUGGCACCUGGUUAUGCACCUCAAAAUGUAUACGCUACACCUCCACAAAGUGUGUACGCACCUCCUGCAGCCGCUUAUCAAGGAAAGAAGUUUCCGAUACAUCAUUAUAAUAGUAGGAUAUAUUGCGAAGCAUAUAUAUAUAUAUAUAGUUAUUGAAAAAGGGAACUUGAAAUGCAUCUAUGAUUGCCUGGAUGUAACAACGCUAUGAGAUAAUUGGAGAUUUACAUAUUGUAUGUGUAGCACGUAAUAUAUAUAUAUAUAUAUAUAUACAUAUGUGUGUGUAUAUGUAUAUAUAUAUAUAUAUAUAUAUGUUGGUAAUAAAACACGAAAAGAAGCUUUAUAAUAUUGCCUAAUAAAAAAUAAGAUUCAUCAUUUAAAAAAAUAUUUCUGUUUAUUCUGUGAAAACAUCGGAUUGUAAAAUGUCUCAUUAUCAUAUUGAUGUAUCGAUAUACAUAUAUAUAUAUAUACAUAUAUACAUAUAUAUAUAUUUAUUCGAUUGUAUAUUUAUGCCUUUGUUUAUUAUAUACAACAUUUUUACUUCUAGCCAAGAAAUAUGGCAAUAAAUUAUACACAAAGGAUAUAAAUAAAAUUGUCGAUGUGUAUGCAAGUGUAAUAGGAUAAAAGAGAGAUUAUUUCUUAAUUCGUUGUAUGAACAUACAGUCUUUAAUGUUUUCUACUUAUUCCAUGCAUUGAUAUACUAUUAUUACUACGUUUCUUAUUUUAACUAUUAACUUUACAUUGUUACACACUUAUAGUAUUUAUAAUCAUUCAAACAAAAUAGAUUUUUAAAGUGAUAGCAAGAUAUAUAGUUAUAAUUCAAUCAUGACAUUAACUUGUUGAUCAAUUUAUGUUCUAUGUACAAAACAUUUAAUAUUUGAUUCAAUGUACAAUAUGUGAUUCUAUCUUUAUCUCUAUUUCUAUACUUUGGUAUUUCUGGUAUAUCUUACGUGUCACGUUCCUGAAUAGGUCUAUUUCACGACAUAAGACAUCUCAGUCAACAUUUUUACGUUUCAUAAAUCACAAAGAAAAACAUUGUAAUAUUUCAAAAACCUUGUUAUACAUAAAAGAUAUUAAACGAAAGUUAUUUAACGAAAGAUUCCGAGGUAAAAUAUAGGGCACAAUACAUUUAAAUAUUAAUUAACAUUUGAGAUCAGAAAUAAUGUUCUUGAUUCUACAACUUUCGUUUAGUAUUCAAGCUUUAGGAACAUAUGUUAAGUCAAGUUGAUACAAAUGAGAAUGUUUGACAUUUUCAAAAAUUAUUUUGUCCUUUUCCAAGUUAAAAAAAAACAAAACAAAUAUUAUAUUGUUUAAUAUUUUUAUUUUACGUGCUAAUCUAAUUGGGGAUUAUUAUAGUAUUAUAUCAUAAUAUUCUAUUAUUAUUAAUUUUGAUCAAUUAUUGAAUACACUGAAUUGAAAAUAGAAUUGGUUAAUAAUUAUAUAUAUAUACAUAUACGUAUAUAUAUAUAUAUAUGUAUAUAUAUAUAAUUAUAUCUCGUACUGCUAUUCAAUGUAACAUGUAAGUAGUAUAUAUAUAUACAUAUUAUAUCGUAUUCUAUAUCAGAGUGAAUGGUAUAAGAAAAAUAAAUAAUUAUAACUGUAAUAAAUGAUAUAAGUCCAUGCGCCAAAACCAAUGGAAUUGUAAUUUGUGGCAAAGAAAGUUCACAAUGAUAUUUUAAUGAAAAGCAAUCUUUAUUAAAAGUUGCCUUAUUAUUUUGCUCAUAGCAUAUAUGGCAUCAGCUAAUCAUAUUAUGUAUAUUUAAAUGAUACAUUAGUAGGAUAAAGAUAUGAAAUUAAAACAAAAAUAAAAAACGGAAAAAAAAGAAAAAAAAAAUUGAUAGAAUAUAAAAUAUAUUAUUUAUUAGAUGAAAUACAUUUUGAGAUAGUGAAAAUGUAGAGAUACAAUGCUCCUCAGGCUUCAAGUAUUUUAAUAACUUAUUAUUGUAUUGGCUAUUAUAUAAUAGAUGUUUUUGUGAACAUGUCUGUUUUAUGCCUAAUUUUUUAACGUAUAUACAUAUACAUGUAUAUAUGUAUAUUUUAUUUAUAUAAAUUUACAUUUCAAAUAGAUUGCGUUAUAGUGUUCAAGUAUUAUUCUACAUGAUAUUUGAUUAAAUGUACUUCAAUGAACAUGAAUAUUAUUCUAUAAGGAAGAUUUCUUAUAAAUAAUAUGUACUUUGAUGCACAAAAUAUCAUACGUUGUACAUAAAUUAGAGCUUGUUAUAAUUCAAAGGUAUGUGCGCUUUUAAAUUUUUUGACUGUUCUUUCAGUAGGUCUUACGGACAACUGUUUUCCAUAUAUUUGCAGCGUUAGGUCGUGUAAGUAAAGUUCUAUUACUAUAGCAUUCUUUGGUAAGGCUAUAAUAAAAAUGUUUAUUAUAACAAUGUAACGAUAAAACAUAAUUUUUCUCACGUCAUUCCUUAUAUUCAUCACUUUAUUAAUUGUUUGCUAAUAAAUAUGAUAUUAAUACUCA